AUGGCGAAUGUCCUAGUAACAGGAGGUGGUCGAGGGUUCGGGCUUGCACUUGUUAGUCUGCUAGCAGCUCUACCAGAGUCAACCAUCUCCAAGAUUAUCGUUACCACAAGAGGAAAUCCAUCAGAAAACUUGCGCAAGAUUAUGGAGGUCGCUGGCAAACGAAUCAUCCACAUUGAGUGCGAAGUUGUCAAUGCUGCAAGCGUCAAGCGUGCCGCAGCUGAGAUCGAGGAGAAACUUGGAGGCCAGGGUCUUGACAUGUUGAUUAAUAACAUUGGUAAAAUGGGAGUUAAUCCACAGGGCAUUCGUACAAUGGAUGCCGAUGAAUUGAUCCAGGAAUUCAAUGUCAACGUUGCUGCCGCACAUAGAGUUACUGCUGCACUUAUUCCUCUAUUACAGUUAGGAAAACUGAAGAAGAUUAUCAUGGUAUCAUCAUCUGCUGGCUCUAUUGCAUGGGCAGACCGGUAUACGUUCUCGCCUGCAUACGCUUAUAAAAUUACUAAAGCUGCAAUGAACAUGUUGGCAGUUCAGUACGCUAUCGAAUAUGAGAAGGAUGGAUUUACCAUUUUGACAAUAUCCCCUGGCUGGUUAAAAACCGAUAUGGGAUCCGAAAAAGCCGACCUUGACGUUGACACGGGAGCAAAGGCAGUGUGGGAUCUUGCGAAUAAAGCCGAUGUGAGUUACAAUGGAAAAUUUUACAACAUACACGUUCCAGGUUGGGAGCACAACCCAGGAGUAAAUCAGUACAACGGCCUUGAGAUCCCGUGGUAG